GAUUCAACCUCUUGAAUUUGGGUGCUGAGCGCAAUGCUCCGAGCAGCUACUACAUUCCAGUCUCGCGACCACCGAGUCCAGUGCCAACUUCCCUGACACCAACGACCACGAGCAACGAUGACUCCAUGCACAUCGAUGACACCCGCGAUCGUGUCUACGUCCGUGACUUGGAUGAAGAACUGGCAGACGUCGAGUCGGACGAGGAGAAAGGGCUGAUCUUUCUGCCGGACAUCGAAGAGUACUUCAGCAGGAUACCACAGCAGGUAUUAAAUCGCCGUCGAGACAGUGAGCAUGAGGGUCAAGAGCUUGUACUGUACAGUGAGCCGAAAAGUCUGACUGUGGACGAGGGGCAUGACUCUGUGAGGAAGGCUAUACUGGAGGCCAGACAAAGGGCUCGGGACAAAGCAGUGGAGGAAGCAAGACAGCAGGAUAUGAAUGCGCGGUAUGGUCAAAGUGAUCAUGCUGAAGUAGGAGAGACUGCGCAUGGGUAUGCGGCAGGCUAUGUGGUUGAGCAGGAUCCAGAUCCCGAUGCGAUGGAGGUCGAUUAGAGUGCUGCGCGGUUCGCUGGGAAGGUGCGUUCACGUGCGAGAAACGAGAUACCUUAUGGAUUCCAGUCAUCACAUGCCGCAUGUACCACUCGAGCU